AUGCGAUUGAAGACACCGCACUUUGCGGGCUCUCAAUUUUUAAUUUUCCUUCUGAUUGCAACAUUUGUUGAUGGGGUCUCCGCAAUCUGCCCGACAAGAUUUUAUGCUCAAGCCGUCAGCAGUCGAAGGGCCAGCGAGCUGGAUUAUUAUGUCUCACGGUAAGCGACACACUUUCUAGCCUUUCCGGAAUGUCGCCCGACUGAAAUCGGCCGCACGCACUGUGCGAAAACAAAACUUUUCUUUGCACUGUGCAAUUUUUUGCUUUUUGCACCGUGCAAAAGGAUUUUUUGGGCUGUCGCUCGCACUCUAACUUUUCUGGCACAGUGCAAACGCCAAACAUUAGGCGCACUGUGCAAAAUCUCUUUUUGAAAAUUUUGCACUGUGCAGAAAAAAAAAUUUGUUUUGAAGCCGAAAAUAUGGCAUAUUUUACUCAAAAAAUUAAAAAAAUUUUUUGAUUACUUAUUUUGGAACAGAAAAAUAUUGGAAAAUUAUAUUAUUCUAGCCCAAAUAAUUUGAUUUUUCGCAAUUUUUUUGAUUUUUCCUAUGGCCAUGAGGUCCGAAAUUGAAAAAUAUUGAAAUUUUAGGGCCAAUCAUGGAUCAUAAAAUAGAAUUUUAUCAAAAUUUCGUCGAUUAAAAAAUAAAAAAUAGAAAUUUUUUGACAAUUUUUUCCCCCAGAAAUUUGACAAAUCACAUUUUACAGAGGUGAGAUCAACUCCGCCGCUGACUGUGCCAUUUUCUGCGCCCGCCGGCAGUUUUGUCGGACUGCCAUCUACAACCAUGACACGAAAACUUGCGCCCUAACCUACGAGAAAUUGGUCGAAUGUUCGACCCGAAAACAACGCUACACCACCUUCCACUUGACCUCGGAUGGCCAGGACGGCGCUACUUCAAUGAUCUCGUGUGUGGAUUUGUGUCAAAAAGAGAGCGGCCGAUUUGGGCGGGUUGUGGCGCCGAAAGCCGCUUUCUCGACCAAUGAGGACGGUCAGGUGGUCGAGAAAAGCGCUGAGAACACGUCGACUAUUAGUCAGCGGGAUGCGCAAGCAGUCAGCAGUGAGAAUUCCGCUGAUUCGGCCGAGAAAACGGCCGAAAACUCGAAAAUAGUCAGGAAAUCGGAGAAAAAGGAGGAAAAUUCGGAAGAAACCCCCAAAAUAUCUCAAAAUUCCAACGAAAAAUCGGUCACCAAGUCAGCCAAAAUUACCGUAGAGCCUCGUGGAAGAAGUAUUGAAGAUUCCGAAGCCACCGUUUUUUCCGAAUCAUCAAAACCAGCGAUAAUUCAAGGAAAAGACGCGCAAAAUUUGGCCAAAUCUUUAUUUGGCCCUGAAGCAAGGAUCACCGAAAUUGAUGGGGAGAGAAAAGAGCCUUCUAGAUUAAUCAUGAAUGCGUUACGGAAUCUGAUGGAAGAGACGGAGAGGAAUCACAGCAAAGUAAUGGAAAAUGGAGGAGAAAAUAGUGUAAAAGUCGGGAAUAUGAUCGCUGUGAAAGAGAAUGCUGGGAAGAAGAGGAACAUUACGGUGAGUCUUGAGCAUUUUUGGAUUUUUUGAGUGUCGGGGACAUUUUAUACGAAAAAAAAUAUUUUGAUUUUUUUGUCAUGUACAAUAUUUUGGCAACUUUUUAUAGGACAAGAAAGUCCUAUUUGGCGUAUUUUACCUCAAAAAAAAUUUGUGGGCUUAUAUGAGAUUAUCGCACAAUUUUAUAAAUUUUCAGAGCCUAAAAGAGAUCAUAACUGAGCCAAUUCCCGGUCACAAAGUCACCUUCCACGCAUCGCCAAUUCAAAUUGAAGAGACUGUAAAUGGAAGCACAAGUGCUACAGAGGCCGAAGAACGAAGUUCCGAGAUUGAAUCGGCAGUGGCAACGAUGAAGAAUAUGACUGAAAAAUCGAGAAAAGACGGAGGAUUUUUCACAUGGCUGAAGCCUGGAGAGAAAUUGAAAUUCCCGGACGGAGUCAAUGUCCCCAUUGAGUUGGCCACAAUUGCUCCGGAGUUGUUUGAAAAAUGUGAGUUUUUCAAAAGUUAUUCGCAUAUUAGCUCCAAGUGCGGAGCUUCCCAUAAAUUUUGCACGCACGCUAGGCAUAGUACACGUAUUAAUUCCUGAAGAUUUUAGCCUGCGCUUUACAGGCGAAGCCGCGAUAUUGAAAGAUUUUUGCCGCCGAGAAAGUAUGCGAAACGCGGAGAGAGGUGAGACAGAAGCCCGCUUUUUGGCCAUAUAUUCGGAAGUUUUAUGCGGAAAAAAUUGAUUUUUUGUGGAAACAUUACCCUCUACGAAAGAAAUAGGCAUCAAGAUUUUCAUGCCAGAAUACGCAAAAAGGGUUUCAUUUUAGCAAUUUUAUAUUUUGCAGGGAUAUAACAAAACAUUUUUUCUCUUACCGAUCUCUUCGUUUUGUAUGUAUACUCUCUCUGCCGCAAAAAUCGUUGAACGUCUGAGCUGCCCCACAGAGCGCAAGCUAAACUUCAUAAACAAUGAAAUGUGCACAAGGCCUAAUUUGAGCGCAAAAUUUAAUCAUAUAGUAAAUCUGAGCCUCGCGUUCCAAACAUUCCUCCUGUUAGUCGCCCUAACACUUAUUAAAUCUUUCAGCCACCGAAAAGAAGACGUUCCAAAAAUCCGCCAAAGUUGCGGUUCACUCCCCCUUCAACCAUUCCCCCGCCCAGCCAAGAGACGAAAUCCGCGAGCUCUUCGAAACAAACAUCGACCAAGUCAUCAUAAACGGUCGAUUGUUAACGCCAGAUGAGGCUAGGCAGCUGUUGGAGAGAGAACGAACAACCACUACAACGACAACACCGUUGCCUCCUUGGAAACCGGCGAGUCAUUUGUUCGGCGCCACCGAAGAAGAGGACGCCGAGAAGAUGGCAGUCGAUGAGGCCAGACAAUUGGUCGAUGAGUUGCAUCACAAAGACCCCGAGAACGGAUUUUUGAACACAUUUUUCAUUAGAGGAUUGAACAAUGUGAUCAGAGGAGAGGAGGAACAGAGACUGCAGGACUUGCAACGUGAGUAAAAAAGAUAUUUUUUGGGAAAAAAGGCAGUGCACAGUGCAAAAAAUCCUCAUUUUUUAAUGCACGGUGCGGAAAAUAAAAAAUUUUUUAUUAAAAAAAUUUAAAAAAGAUGAUUGUCUCCUUGAUUUUGGGAUUUUUUAAUUGAAAGAUCCGCACAGUGCAUAAAUUUUUCCGCAUUUUUUUUGCACGGUGCGAUGAAAAUAUAAUAGUCAAAUAUAUUUGCACUGUGCAAUUUAAGUAGAAAAAUUUUGUUUAUAUGUAAAAUACGGUGUCCGGAAGUGUGAAUUGGCUAUACGAAAGACCAAAAAAUAUUUUGCACAGUGCAGAUUUGCAAAAAACUGCAUAUCUGUACUGAUCGGACUGUGCGGAGAAAUUUCAAAACUGAAGAUCAUACUAGGCUUUAAAAAAAAGAAAAGAAAAAUGGAUUUUGCCCAGUGAAAAGUUCCAAAAAUUUUUUUGUUUGCACUGUGAAAAAAAAAUUGGAAAAAAUUUGCACUGUGCAAAAAAAUUUUUCAUUUGCACUGUGAAAAAGAAUCUCCAAAAUUGCUUUUCAAUAGUUAUUCACUGGAUAAAAGUGUAAAAUACGCUAUCCGUAGGGACGUAUUUAAUUUUUAUAACCCGAAGUAACCAGUAAUUUUCAGCCAGACCCUCCCAAUCCGAUCCCAUCGACCAAACCCACAUUUCCAAGCGCGUAAAAAGCAAUUUCCUUGAUAUUGCAACUACGGUAACUCCCUUCCCAAUAACGUCGACCCGAGCUCCGAUUGUCUGUUACCGGUCGAUCACACAGCAAGUCCUAAUGUACGCAUCCUUUGCCUCGUACGACGGGGUCUCUCUGAAUCAAUGUCGUUGCUUGUGUGCUGACACUUGGCGCGAUGAAAGCGAGGAUGCGAUUCGCUGCAAGAGUGUGCAAUACAAUGGUCUGAAAGGCGAAUGCACGCUGAAUAGUGGAGAUCAUAAUGGGAAAUUUGAUCUGAUCUACAACAAGUUUGUGGAUUACCACUACAUUUCGUGCGAAAUUAAGUGUAAGUUUUACUGUUAAAUUUUUUUAUGUCUUUGUUAGUCGAGUUAGGGCAAAAUGAAGUCAUUUUGACGCCAAUCCCGGCGUAAUUUCGAUUUUCCAAGUUUUCGUGGUGGGACCCAAAGAAAUUUUUGUUCUGGAUUUUAGUGAAACUUGGCUAAAAAUAAGUGUAUAGCAGGAGAAAACAACGUAUUUUACAAUAACAAGUAAAAAAAUAGAAUCAUUUUGCCUAUACAUUUUUAGACCUCCUCCAAACCGCGAAGAAGAUCUGCCGUAACAAAUCCCACAAUGUUGUGGUCAACAAAAUCCCUUCAAAAUCAGACGACACCGAUCUUGACCAUCGCCACAAUGAUGAAGCUGCGACAAUCUCGCCAAUUUCGACAAAAUCCCCCGAGGGCUCAAGCCGGAAGCCCUCGUUAAUAACGGCGGCUGAAGUGGCCGAGGACACGACCACAGAAGCCGUUGAAUACACCACGGAGGUGACUGUAAAACCCGAAAUUAUAUCUAUUAUCACUUCAACGGAACCCACAGAACUUCCUAGUACGACUGAGGUCGCUAAAAAGAAGUCAAAAACGAUGACAAUUAAACCAGAAGCUGUGGAGAUUACGGUAGACAAAGCGGAUGUAAAUACGAGUAAUAAGACCGGCAAAAAGCAACGAGAACAUGUUGUAAAAGGAAAAGUGGGAGAGUCUGGUACAGCUACUGUCCAGGAAAUUACCGAAAAUUCGACUACCGACCGGAAAUCGACCAAACAACCGAAAGCUAAGAGCACGGUAACUACUACUGAAUCGACCACUACUACUGAGGAGAUAGUCGAAGACUCGACUCUGGAGGAAACUACAAGUCCAAAACUUAGUAGUACUACUAUUACUACUAAGAAACCAACAAGCACUACCACUUUUUCGGCCAUCUCAAACGAAAAUGAGGUCGAAAUUGAGAGUCUGGAAGUGAGAUCGACCACUGAGAAAGUCGUUGCGACCAGUGCCAAAGAAAUUACGGAUGCUUUCAUUACGGAGACUUUGGAGCUGACAACCACAAGUUCACUGCUGGAUAAGAGUGAGACUGACGGGUGUUUUGAGUUGAUUCGAGGAUAUGGAAUGAACUCAACGGCCGGAGGAUUGGAAAGAGAUGUGUCGCUGGAACAGUGCGAAUGUCAUUGCGCCAAUAGCUUGUAAGUUUAACGGGAUUGCCAAAAUGUCGCGUAUUUUACAAUUUUACUGCUUCUUGACACUAAUUAUUGUGGGAGAAGAUCUGAACGUUUCCCUUAUCCAUCUAAGAAGAUCUUUGGAUUAGAUCUGUUUUUUCUGCUUUUAUGAUGAUCUCAGGGAACUGGUUCAAAGUGGAUAGACACGUAUGCAAACUAGUCUUUCAGAUCUUUCAGACGACAUAUUAAUCAGUUCUGAGAAGCAGCUAGUUAAAAACUUAUGAUUGGUCUAAUCCAACCAAGAUUUUUUUUUAAUUUAAAACUGCUUUCAAUCUAAAGAAUCAUAUCUGUCUUAAAGAUGCCCUAAGACAAUUGAAUAUAAAAAUUUAUAAAUCUAUUAUGAGUGUAAUUUAAAAUCGUCUAUUAACCAGCCUUUUGUUGCUACUGCGCAAGUAGUUAUGCCUGUUUCAUUUCAACCAAAACUUUUUGCCAAAAAAGACAUUUUUUUCGAUUGGAUCUGUAAUAUAUUUCUUCUACGUGCCCUUAGGCUCUAUAUAUUUGUGUUGCUGAAUACCUCAAGGGAUGUGCUUAAAAAUGAUGUAUAAACUGCUAUGCAACUUUGCUUCCAUAAGGAAUAAUUUCACCUUGAAGUAGACCUACAUUUUCUGUCUAACUUCUAAGUUUCAGAGCCUCCAAACGCUAUCCUUUCCAAUGUAUUUCGGCCACCUACUACGCAAAAGAGCGAGACUGUGUCCUCAACUUGGACAACCGACAGCUUCGCCCCAAUUCCCUCGUAAAAUACGGCGAUGACGUCACUUAUUUGGGACUCCUUUGCCCCCAACAACGAGCUCUUCGUCGACACACGGACCAAGGCUCCUGCGAGUCGAUUGAUUCCACCACUCUACAGCCUCCAACGACUCUCCAAGCGGUCGAUCGAGCUCAUCAUUUGGUCGACAAAUUCACGGACGAUUGCUUUUUGGAAAUGCCGAACCAUGUUUUGGAGGGUACCUCGUUGGCGGUGGAGGCGGAUGUCUCCGUAGAUGAAUGUAAAUGCUUCUGUGUGGACUCGGAGAACCGAUACGGCAUCACAUGCCAGUCAUUUGUGUACUACUUUGACUCAAAAACUUGCUUGUUGAGCAAGGAGAAUCGGUAAGUGAAAAUGAAAAUGAGGGCACAGUGCGGAGAAGAAUGGAAUAGUAAAAAUUUCACAGUGUAAAAAAGAUAUAGGGCCUCGAAGUGCAAAAAAUUUUUGUGGGAAAAAUGAAAAUUCAAAUAAUAUUUUUCCCGAGAAAUUUGUUUUUUUGCACUGUGCAAUGGUAGAAAAAUUGCUUUGCACAGUGCCAAAUUUAUUCUUUUUUAUUUUCCGCACUGUGCGGCGAAAAUUUUCGUUUUAAGUCAAUAUAAUUUUGUCUGGCGUAUUUUAACAACAAAUUUUGAUGAUUUCACAAAGCACAUUUCAUUUCAGCGUCUCGGACCCUCAGCAUUUCAACUUCGAUCCCCAAUUGAAGCUGGUUCACAGUUAUUUCGAAUACCGCUGUCAUGCCGAACCUGCGACUCAAAAAACAUUUGUCCAAAAUGUUUGUCGACGCUUCAUUGACGUUGAAAUGAGCCUUCAACCCACCAGCUCUUCGAUUGACGUCGAAGAAGUGGAACAUAUCAAAGAUUCCACACUUGACAAACAUGUUGAUCACGACAAACAUGAAAAACAUGAUCAUGAAGCCAAAAAGAAGGUCAAAAUCCUCCAUUUCGUGAACGAAGAGACUAUCAACGAGCUGGAGCCACAUUUUGACGUCGAAAAUGCGGAAAAAGGAGAGAAUUUCAAAGAAUCGUCCGAGGCAAAAGAGCCAAGAAAACAUCACAAACCGAAGCAGAUCAGCAAUAAAACGCCGAAAAUAACUACCACGGAAGAGCCUACGACAACUACGAUCGCGACCACGACCAGCACUACUCCAAAGCCUGUCAGAAGUACCAAAAGACAGCUGAUCGCGGAGCUGGAGGAGCAAGAAGAAGAUGAAAUCUCAAAAAUAAUUCAACAGGAUGACCAUAUUAGGCGAGCCGAUGCUAGUACAACUACGACCACAACGACCACGACCACUGAGUAAGGGAUUUUGAAGGGUUUUGGGGAGUUACAUGUUUUCGUGGUGGGACCAAACAUUUUGCUUUUUGAGGGAAAUGAGAGUGUAAAAAUAAAUUAAAAGUAGUUUUCUAGUACCCUAGACUAAUAAGAGAUCCGGUAGAGUUUAUUAUUCGCAAAUUCCCAACUUUCAAUUUUUCGUGGUGGGACCCAAAAUAUCAAUCUUUUUGAGGGAAAACAGCCUAAAAAUGAAUUAUAAUUGUUUUCUAAACCAUAAGCUAUGAGCGAUUAUUAUUUAUUACCCGUUUUCUCCAAAAUUCCUUACUUUUCAAGUUUUCGUGGUAAGACCCAGAUUUCUAUGCCUUUCCUCAAUCAUGCCAAAAAUAUUCUAAUAUUGCAUUUCAGAGCCCCGACAACCACUUCCACGCCAGCUCCAACCACUACGAGACCAACUCCAAGCUCAACUUUCUCCACGACACCUCCUCCAUCAACUACAACAAUAUCCACCACAACCCAGAAAGUGUAUCCACCAGUGGGGCAAUGCCGGUACAGCGCGUUAUACCAGACCGUUUUCAAUGGAGAGAGGACCAUCAAAAAAGUUAUGGUGACGAGGUAAGAAGGAGAAAACUGUGCACGGCAACCCGAAGUGUUUCCUGGCUCCUUUCGACUCUUCGACCAUUUUGUAUUGGUUGAAAUCAAACGAAAUGUCAGAAAAGAAUUUUUCGUGGGAUUUUCCGGCCGAAAAAUAAUUUUCUCGGAAUUAUUUUAUUUCUUUUGUCAAUUUUGACAUUUCGUUUGGACGAAACUCAAAAGUGGGCGGGAAACAUUUUUCUUCUAUUUCGGGUUGCCGUGCUGUGGUUCUUUGGGUCAUGUCUAAUAAAAAAUUUUUUUUGUAGGUGUUCAUAAAAAUCUCGGUGGUUUCUGGAAAAUACAGGCUAAAAAUUUUAAAUAUGUCUUGUGAAGGGCUAAUAUGCAUUUUUGCCAAGUUUUAUCAAAAUCCGAAAGCGUCAAUUUGAGAUUCUAACUUCUGAAUUUCGCACUGUGCAAUGAAAAUUUUAGUCAUUGCACAGUGCAAAAUAAGUUUUUUUUGACUUUUUCAAAUAAAAAAAUUUUUUUUUAGGACCUGAAUUUUAUCUUGGCCAUCUUCUUGAAAAAAAAAUUCAACCUUUGUAAAUUAAUUUUUCAAUUUUUUUUCAGUCCCGCCCAAUGUUUCGCGGCCUGCCACUACGAGCGUUGUCGGUCCGCCAAUUUGAUUCAAAUGGAAGGUCCCAUCAAGUACUGCGAGCUGUUCCGCGACUCGAUAAUCGACUUCCGACGGACGGACGUGCUUGGAUUUGAUCGGGGAGCCGUUCAUUUCGACUCAAUCCAGUGUGACGACGCGUAA